CUUCCAUGAGAGUCUUACGAGUCAAACUCCCCGAGUCCGGAUGAAGCCUGAGAUGAUUUGGUGAGCGAUGAGCAAAAAGACGUGGUCUGACUCCCGGCAGUACAAAUCCUCGAGGAAUCCGUAAGCCGACUGCAGUACAUCAAUCCGAAACCGCCACACUCACUAUUCCUUGCCGACAUGGCACCCGCACUUUGCGCCAACUGCAAAACUGAGCGGGCGCUCAUCAAGCGGCCCAAGAACCACGCGAAGCUUUGCAAGGGUUGUUUUAUCAAGCUGUUCGAGGACGAAGUGCACCACACGAUCACAUCAUCGCAACUAUUCUAUCCUGGCGAGAAGGUGGCGAUAGGAGCGUCCGGCGGCAAGGAUUCCACCGUCCUGGCCUCGGUUCUGAAGACGCUGAAUGAGCGUCACGGCUACGGACUCGAGCUGGUCCUUUUGAGCAUCGACGAAGGGAUCAAGGGCUACCGCGAUGACUCGUUGGAGACCGUGAAGAGAAACGCGGUGCAGUACGGCAUGCCACUCAAGGUGGUCGGCUACGAUGAGCUGUACGGCUGGACGAUGGACCAGGUCGUGGAGGCGAUUGGGAAGAAGGGCAACUGCACGUAUUGCGGCGUCUUCCGACGGCAGGCGCUCGACCGCGGCGCGAAGAUGCUGGGCAUCAAGCACGUGGUGACAGGCCACAACGCAGACGACGUGGCCGAGACGGUCCUGAUGAAUCUCCUCCGUGGCGACCUGGCGCGUCUCUCGCGAAGUACCAGUAUCGUGACAGGAGACAGCAGGUCGGAGGUCAAGAGAAGCAAGCCGCUCAAGUACGCUUACGAGAAGGAGAUUGUCCUUUACGCUCACUACAAGAAGCUUGACUACUUCAGUACAGAGUGCAUCUAUAGCCCCGAGGCCUUCCGUGGCAGCGCAAGAGGGCUCGUCAAGCAACUGGAGAGGAUACGGCCGACUGCCAUUCUAGAUAUCGUCCGAAGUGGGGAGGACAUGGCGCGGCUGGUACCUGGCGAGACGUCUUCUUCGUGUGCUUGCAAGGGGCAGACAAGCGCUGUUAUGGCACUUGCCGAGGACGACAUUGGCGGGUGCGGUUCACAAACCGGGCGAGCGCGUGGUGAUGAGAUGGCUGCGAUGGACAAGCAGCUCAGGGAGAACGAGGCACACGAAGGCCUUGAAAUCGAUGUCGCAAAGGCGAUGGCCAAGAACCAGAAAGAUGGAGGCCAGAAGCACCGGGAGCUUCCCCUCAGGAGCGGGGAUGGUCCGUCGAAGGGGUUCGCAAGACAGGUCCUCCGGAACUGCAAGCGUUGCGGGUACAUGUCGAGUCAAGAGAUUUGUCAAGCCUGCAUGCUCCUCGAGGGUCUGAAUAAGAAUCGAGCUCAGAUACAAAUCUAGCAUUUUACACGCUGCUAAAAGGUCCUGGGUAUCGGGCGAGGAUUUCGCCGCUGGUGAAUGUC